CUCUGUUUGGCGACUCUAUCUCCGUCUCGCUCUGACAGUCAGUCCGUAAAAUCGCGAAAGCUCGCGGCAGUAUCAACGGCAGCCCGUCCAGUCAGUCAGUCAGUCGAUAUACACACACAGUCGCACGCACACGUCAGUAGUAACAUACACGCACGAGACAGGCUCGCAGGCAAGACUUCGGAGCACACAGUUGAUUGUUCGCUCGACUCGAUAAGAGAGACUGCAUGUCAAACAUUUUUAUCGCUCGUUUCUACGCUUGACUUUUCUAUCGCGAAGGAGGGAAUCUCAUCCAGGCAGACGCCGCACCCCGAGGACAUUAUUCAUCGUCGUCGUCGUUCCUUGGCCGGAACUUUCACCGACUAGCCGACUUUUUUGCCGACUUGGCUGCUCGCGCUCGCUCACGUCCGUCCGUGCGUUUCUCUGGUCUUCGAGGAGGAAAAUUCAUUCUAGUCACGUGCGAGGAUUAUCUUUUGCAAAAGUAAAACUUGCGACCUUUUUGGCUUUAACGCGGUAUCGAACGUAUUCAACGCUAGUUAUCAAGAACGCCGAGAAAACCCACUUUUUCUCGAUUCUUCCUAUCGCUGAAUUGUCGCUAUUGCUCAAAGUUCCAGAAUGAAUCGAUCAAUGUGUGAACCAGUCACCGAGGCGUGUAUUGAUAACAUCAUCGGCCAGAUGCCGGUUACAAAACCGCAUAUUUAUUGCAAAGAUUGUAAUUUACAAUUCACCAGCUAUGCAGUCCUCGACGCCCAUAUACAAGGCGCAAGGCACGCCAAACAGGUUAAAUCUAAAACUUUGCUUGAAACUAUGCAACAAGCCAAAGUCAAUUUUAGCAAAGAUGUUGAAACAAACUAUUUUGCUUGCAAUGUGUGCAAGGUAAAUCUGAAUUCCAUCCAACAACUGCACACACAUCUGAAUGGAAGCCGUCAUAAGAAGACAUUGAACAAAGGUAAAUCAUCCGACGUGAAGGAAGUAGAUGUGGCAUCACUAAAGUCCGAGCCUGUCUCACCUCAACCUGCCGUACAGCCUGAUAGUACCAAGCCAGUCAGUACUCCAAAGCAGGCAGCUAACAGUAUAGUACUAUCUUGUACUCCAUGCAACAAAUUGUUUAAUUCACAAUCACAAUUGGAAGUGCAUUUAGCUUCUCAGAAGCAUUUGAACAAGAUCACGAAUAAAAAUAAGCCAAAUAGAUUCUCUCCAUACCAAAAGAAAACUACUCCAGUCGACUCAACAAAACAACUGGACGAUAAUUUUAUUUCAGGUGGUUACAUUUAUCCUGAAGCCAAAGUUGACUAUUCACAAUUUCCGAUGUACGCUCAUUGUAAGCAUCCUGACUAUUAGAUUUUGUUAUUGCACGCAGCAAUGAUUUACGUGAAAAUUAUAUAACCCAAUUGUGCUAGAAAAUAAUUAAGUCAUAUAAAUUAUUACUUUGCGAUUAAUUA